AUGUACAAGCAUCAACUAGAGCUUGAUCAAAAGAAGAAAAAAGCACUUAAUAAGCAGCUGGAGUUUCUUCUGAGGCAAACUGAAAGGUACUUAACGAUGCUGGCAGAGAACCUUGUAAACUCACCAACUCAUCACAAACCAGUUAACCAGAUGAAGAAGAGAAAGAUGUUGCUGAUGUGUUUCCACCCGUCCACUUUCGACUCCAAGUUUCCAUACAAAAACCAUUCAGGAUACCAAAAUUUCAUGACGAUACAUGUAGCUGUCAAUGAUGUACCUUUCUCCAUUCAUGCUAUUUUCUUCAUUGAUUUGACAUUGUUCGACAGUGAAGAUGUGGUAUCUAGAAGAGAAGUAUCCUCAGCGUCCAUUGUUGCCAAAAGAUCUUCAGAAAAGGGCUCAAGCGAUCUGGAGAAUGGGCUUGGAGAAAAUGAUAGGAAUGGGUGUCAAACAGCACCCAAAUUGGCUCUCCCGAUACAGUCUCAAUUACAAGUGAACCUAAACUUCAUUCUUCCAUUUGAUAAUCAAGAAUUUUCAGCAGAGUAUUUGGCACUAAGCAUUUUGAAAUGGAAGAUGCAACCUUAUACUCCAUGCAACUUCAUCGACUAUUUCCUUCGGAAAAUGCCAAAAACCAACAAGUCCACAUCAAAGCCAUUGAUUACUAUAUCAGUUCAGCUAAUCUUAAGCACAAUCAAAGGUAUUGACUUCUUGCAAUUCAAUACAUCUGAAUCAGCUACACAAAGGAAGAAAGUUAGAAUUUUCCUUCUUCACGUCAAUACAAAAUCUCCAAAAUUGUUUUGA